AUGCCGGAAAAACUAUUGAAAAUCAGCUACCAGGGCGAUGGAGCCCAAAAGAAAAUAAAUGCGUAUUUAAGGAUGCCGUCGCAAACCUACUCCGUUUUGCGUCGCGAAAUCGAGUUAUAUUUGUUUACUGAGCGCCACCUGCCCCAGUGUGAGAUCAGGACCUUCUGGAUCGAUACCGAUAAUGAUGAAAUUGAGAUUGUCAACCAGAAUGACUAUGACAUUUUUCUGGCCAAGUGCGAGCAGAGUAUGCACGUCCAGGUAGCUCCCCUCACUCCCACGGUGGUGGAAACCGAUGCCAUCAAGAAGGAAGCUUCCGCCGCCGGCGCUUCAGUUCCCUCGGCCGAUGAUCCAAGCAAUUUCACCAUCCACGAUCUUGUUGAGUGUGACGGCUGCGGACUGUCGCCGAUUGUUGGAUUCCGGUACAAGUGCGUCCAGUGCAGCAAUUUCGAUCUCUGCCAGAAAUGUGAAGCGGUCCACAAGCAUCCGGAGCAUUUGAUGAUUCGCAUGCCCACCAAUGAUGGGCCCAGCUUGAUAGAAGCCUAUAUUACAGGAUCGAAUCCACAUGGCCGCCGUUGCAACCGUCGUUCUAGAGGCCACUGCCCCUUUGCAGAGGCUGCCCAGGGAUCAACUCCAUCGGGUGAUGCACCCCGGGAGAGUCGUCGUGAGCGCCGCCAUGCUCGUAAGAAUGUUUUUUCCCAUAUUAUGGAGGUGAUGUCCAAUUUGCCUCUAAACGAGCCAAUAGUGGCUUCUACUGCUGCUACAGCAACUGCUCAACCGAAGCCCCAGACAACUGCUGCAACGGCUCCACCUACUGAGUCGGUUCCUUCGAAGCCAGAGGACAAUGCUAACGCUCAAAAGGAACCCAAACCAUCUGAGGAGAAGAAGAACUCCACGGCUUCAACUGAGGGGCCUACCAUGAACAAGGAACCAGAGACUACCCCGGCUCAGGACACACCAACUCAAGGCAGUGCUCCCACAACUCCAGUCAUAAAUCUUGAGAAUCUCUCGCAAAUGGUACCACCCGAGUAUAUGCGUGCUGGUAUCGAAAUCUUGAACAAUUUCAGUGAGAUGUUUGCCAAGAUGAUCGAUCCCGCUGAGUCUGCUGCUUCGGGCAGCUUUGCUCCAUCGACGACCUCUGGAUCCGAGGUCCCCAAGCCUACCCCAAAUGCACAGUCCGCUGCUUCUUCAGUGAAUCCAUCUGGUCCAACCUCUACUGCAAGCUCCUUUGCUGAGGCUCCUCUUGAUACAGAGCCAUUGCUGCCAAAGGAACCGGCUUCACCAAAGGCCACCAACGAGCAGGAACCGGAGAGGCGCCGUUCGGAGAGUUUGGAUCAUGACUGGCAAAUGGUCGACGGUAAUGUCUCGGCUUCAAGUUCCAAAAUGGCCAGCACUGAUGCCUUGAUUAGCAUUGAUUCUACCGGUCCCCCGGCUGCUCCUCAGCAGCAGGUGCGUGACUUUGGACAACUGGGCGAAAUGCUCCGCCAACACAUUAAUGAAGAGGCCCGUAUUGAACAUGCCACAGCCAAUACCCAGACCUCCCAAGUGGACACUGUAAGCACAUCGACUUCAACCACAUCUGUUUCGACCAACAGCGUCGGUACAUCACCAGCAGCCCCAGAGGAGAAGCGCAGUGUUCCCGUCUACCACACCAAUGAGGGCAUUAAUUCGGCCAUUCACGCUAUGAUGGCCAUGGGCUUCAGCAACGAGGGGGCCUGGCUCACCCAACUGCUCGAGUCGGUGAAUGGAAACAUACCGGCUGCUUUGGAUGUCAUGCACCACUCGCAAAAUCGCAACUAAAUCGGCGUUCUUAGUUCAUAUAAGCAUAUAUAUCUAUCGUGUAUCUUCAAUAUUUGUGAGCCCAAUGAAAUUGUGGUAUUUUUUUAAUCAGUUUACAGUGUACUAGUAGGUGCUUUUUCGCUUGGUGAUUGAUAAAACGCGCUACCAAAAAACAAAAAGUGAAAUGUUUAAAUGUGUUUUAUGUUUCAAAUAAUCGAAAAUAUGUUAUCAAUGUAUUCAAUAUAUAAAUAAAUGCAAUAAAACUAAAAGAAUGUCAA